GAGAAUGAAAAGGUAGGGGAGAUGUGGGGAGCAGGAAUUAACACAACAAUGUUUAGCAAUUGAUCCAUCAAAACCAAAUGCAAUAUGAAGCAGAAGGCAUUAUUAACCACUCCACUCGAGCUUUUCCGAUCCAAUUCUCAAGAUAACAAACAAAACAAAAAAACGGCUCAAAUUUCAAGAAACAAGGCCUAAAAAUCCAACACCACACUCUCUCUCAGCCGUUAAAAAACACCGUCAUCGUCUCUCUCACACACCCCGAUGCAGUUCUUCUGAAAUUCACGCACCCAACACAGCAUGGACCCUUUCCACCAUCGCCGCCGCCACCGCCACCGCCACCGCCGCCGCACGUGGUGCUGCUCCUUCGCAGUCCCUCCCUCCAGUCCCGACAACAUCACCGCUUCCAAACCUCUUCCCCCACGCAAGCCCGAACCCAACUCCAAACCCACGUUCUCCCUCCCGACCUCCCCCAAAUCCCGCAUCCCCGCUCGGAUCGACCCUCGCCGUAUCCUCUCUCCGGGAAGAGUCUCCCCCAUUGACUCCGAUCCCGUAGCCGCUACCUCCGCUCCCUCCCCCUCUCCCGAACCGCCGCUUCCACGAUCUCCGGCACCGGUAGCCGGCGACAGGGAUGUGAGGAUGAGCCUGAGAGGGAAGAACGGCGGGUGCAUGGUUCUGGAGGUGAACUCCGGGGUUUUGUGCUCGAAUUCCGAAGUGUUCGCGGGGUUGAUAGAGGAUUACAAGAAAGGGGCUGCGUCUUGGAGUGGAAGUAACAAAAUGUGUAGAAUAGAGGUUCCUGAAGUUGAGAACUUGGGCGUGUUCAGAGAGACAAUUGAGCUCAUGUUUGAAAACGACGAUUGCCUCACCAAACGACUUCUUAACAUCGGCGUUUUUCGAUGCAUUGACGUUUUGGAGGUUUCAGCCGGCAUCAUGUUCACCAAGGGUGUUUUGUCGUGUUUGCAAUACCUCGAAGCUGUGCCUUGGACUGAAGAAGAAGAAGAAAAAUUGAGAAGCCUAUUCACAAGAUUUAAGUUUGAUGAAGCAACAACGAGAGACAUCCUAGGAAGGCUUUACUUGCACGACUCAGCAGAUUGCUCUUACCAGUCAAAUGUAGCUCGACAGCUUGUCUGGUCUAUCACAACUUGUGUGGAUGUCAAUGCUAGAAAUGAACUAAAAUCACUGGUGAAGGGUCUUCUUUGCAAAAGCUCGGUGUAUGAGAAGAAUCAUCUUGACCUCAAUAAAGACGAUCUGUAUUCUGUUGGCCACGCAUGUUUGGACUCACUGUCAAGCCUCUUUGAGGAGGCAUCAGAUACCAUCCCCCCUGAAAACUUAACAAAGAAAGAUAAGAAUAAGCCACUAAUUGAACGCAUCUCAAGGCAGGUUGAUAACAUCAAUUGGUUGUUGGAAAUCAUGCUUGAUAGACAAAUAGCAGAGGACUUUGUGAACAUAUGGGCAGAUCAGCACCAACUUGUUAAAAUGCACGAUAGUGCAUCCCCAAUGAUUAGAUAUGAACUAAGUCGUGUUUCAGCAAUUCUCUUUAUUGCCAUGGCUACUAGGAAAUUGCAAUGCCGGUUGGAAGCACGAUCAGGGCUUCUUCAGGCAUGGUUCCGGCCAAUGUUAUUGGACUUUGGUUGGCUUCAGAGAUGCAGAAGAGGACUUGAUAUAAAGGUUUUGCAAGAAGCUAUGGGUCAGACACUUCUUACUCUACCUCUAAAUCAACAGUACAUACUUUUCAUGGAAUGGUUUCGACACUUCUCAAGCCAUGGAACUGAGUGUCCAAAUCUAAGCAAGGCAUUUCAAAUUUGGUGGCGCAGGUCAUUCUUAAGAGGCUCUGAAACUCAUGCCAUUGAGUCAAGGUAAACUGUACGUGCCACUAUUUGUCAAUUGAUCUGUUUGUGUACUGUGUAAAGAGUUGCAACUAGCAGAGGAGAGGGAUUCUGGACUGUGUACACUGAAUAACGUAGGUAAGCUUCAUAGAUCUUUGGAGAUUAUUUCAUGCCUAAAUAGUAGAAGAAGUUUGCUUGUUUAUUGCUCGAGUGGCUCCAUUCCGUCCAAUUUAGUGCAGGUUAAUGAGUUGAAUGCAUUAGUCAACUAAUAAGUUGUCACUAAGUCACGACACAGUAUUCCUGUUAUGCUUCUUGGACUUGUGCUGUAAAGACAAGAAAGAUGGAAAAGUUUAAAAUAAAAUUCAAAAUUAAUACAA